UAAAAAUCUCAAAUAUCCCAAAUAACAUAAUUUGAAUUUAUCGAAAACGUAUUUCACAAAAUGCUUCUUGCUAUCAAAAUAUGUAUGGGUUCGCCUCAAUUCAGUGGUUUCAAAGAAAGUGCCGUCGUUUUAUUAUGGAAAAGACCUUUUACUCGGCUUUUUAUAGAAUGUUAUUAUAAUGUUACCUCUACCUUUUUUCUUAUAGAAUAAUGUCUAUUGAGACUUACUCAUGCCAGAUAUGCACUGUGGAAGGUCUUAGGGACAAUCAUUGUGUCCUAAUUUUCAACAAUGAAUUCAGAUCUAGUUCUAAUGAAGAUAUAGCAACACUUAUUAAGAAGCUCUUGUCCAGAGAUUUGACAGAAGACCCAAGUAUCACACAAGUUAUUUGCAAGAAAUGUUUCACUCUUAUUAUUGAACUAGAAGAGCUGCAAAAUAGGGUAGCUGAAAUAAAGAAUGAAAUUCUGAUGGAAACUGGUAAAAUUGAAGAUGAAGGUAGUGAUAAUGAGAUCAAGCUGGAUGUGACUGAGGAUAUAGGGAGUAAAGAGAGUGCUACCAAGACAUUGUUAUUCAUUCCAUCAUCUGAUGAAGAUUCCUCCCAGGUAUCCUCUCAAAAGCAAGUUUUUGAUGAUGCUGAAAUCGAGGCUGAAAUGAAUAUAGUUGAAAUGAAAACUGGACUGGAAACUGAGACAGCUGAGCAAGAAGAAACUCUUAAUGAAUUCCAACAUUUCCCUGCAGAAGAAGUAGAUAUGUUAGAUUCAGGAGCUGUGGAACAUUCAUCUGAUUCUGACUAUGAACCACCAAGAAGUAUGUUUGUGAAAGUUCAGUCACUUGCUGAGAAAAAUAUAAUUGCUGAUAAUGUGAAGGUUAAAAUUGAACCCCCACCUAUUGAAGAUACUAUUACAACUCCAACUAUAUCCAAUGACAAGAAACCAAAUAUUCUCAAGAAAAAAAUCUUCACUCCUGCUCCUACCAUAGAAUUAAUUACAGAGGAGAAAAAACCUGAAACAAUAAUGGACUUUCCUGCUGUCCAAAGAGAUGGUAAUAUGUAUACUUGUCUGUUAUGUGAAGGUGAUGAAACUGUGGCAGGUGAAGCCAAAGCUAUUAUGGCUCAUGUCAAAGAAGCACAUCAGGUGAGGUUGUACAUUUGUGAUGUAUGUGGGCAAGAUUUUUUAAGAAGAAAUCAUUUAUCAGCCCAUUUGGAUGAGCACAUAGAACAGGAAGAUGGGGAUUUCCAGUGUGAGGUGUGCAAUAGAAUUUUCAGUAAUUUGAGGUUAUUCAGGAUUCACAAGCGCAUGCAUUAUCCCCAGACCAAAGGCUGGGAGUGCGAGACGUGCGGCAAGCGGUACAGCAGCAAGAACCUGCUCGAGGAGCACGCCAACAUCCAUCUGGGGGUGCGUCCGUACGUGUGCGCCGCCUGCGGCAAGGACUUCGCGUCCAAGUACACGUUCAAGGCGCACGAGAAGACGCACGAGGCCAGGCCGAGGCCGUUCAAGUGCGCGCAAUGUGGCAAGUCGUUCUUGAGCCAGCAAAAUCUCACUCAGCACGAACGUACUCAUCUAGGCAUGAAAGAAUAUUCCUGCCACUUGUGCGGGAAGCAUUUCGGAUCGUCACAUAACCUUGAGGUACACUCAAUCGUACACACCGGCUUCAAGCCUUAUAUAUGCGGCUUAUGUGGAAAAGCUUUCGCACGUAAAGCUGAGAUAAGGGACCAUGAGCGGACCCACACUGGGGAGAGACCAUACCAGUGUGAAUUUUGCGGUUCCACCUUCAGCCAGAGGUCCAACUUGCAGUCCCACAAGAGAGCGACACAUUAUGACGACAAACGCUAUCAGUGCAGCGAGUGUGGCAAAGGUUUCAAGAGGAGACGGCUGUUGGAUUAUCACAUCAAAGCUGCUCACACAGGCGAACGGCCGUUCAAGUGUGAGAUCUGCGAGGCGACAUUCGUCUAUCCCGAGCACUUCAAGAAGCACCGGCGCAUCCACACCGGCGAAAAACCGUUUUUGUGCGAAGUGUGCGGCAAAGCGUUCAACAGCCGGGACAACAGGAACGCGCACCGGUUCGUGCACUCCGACAAGAAGCCGUACGAGUGCCUGGUGUGCGCGGCAGGGUUCAUGCGAAAGCCGUUGCUCUAUCAACACAUGCAGGCCCAAGGUCACCUCAACGACACGAUAGUGGUCAACCAACCGAGGCUCACCACAGACGACGACCAGCUGGUGACCGUCAACUCGGCCGGGGAAAUAGAGAUCGUGGACGCCUCGUCCACCGAAUCCAAGCUGUUCAUUCAGGACCCAGAUGGCGCCGAGCACAUCAUCAUCGACGGACAGCAGAUCGGCUUCGCGCAAAUCGACUCGGACGACGAAGAAAACGGAGAAGUUAUCGAGUCUAUUGAACAAAUAGUGGAUGAAAAUGGCGACGAAGAGGAAUAUGAAGAAGUGAUAACUGGCGAUACUCUGAGUGAAAGCGAUACUCAGAUAAUCGACACCCCGGAGUGGCCCGUUCAGCUGGUCAAAGUUAGGAUUCCUAAUGAAAAUGGAGAAGAAGAAGAGGCGUGGAUCAAGAUAAUGCAAGAGUAG